UUUUACAAUCUAGCUUUUACCCAAAACGGGGCCAUUCAUCAGCGUCCUCGCUGCUGUUACCUCAAGCAUCCGCAAAUUUCUUGGUCAACGUCUCAUAAGAUAGCCAUGGCGCAUCCUCUCUUGGUAACGAAGCAGAGGGAUGCUAUCGGAUCCAAACCCUCCUCGAGACCUCGAGCCAAACGCCCUUCGGAGGUAACUCCGAGGAAAGACUUGACGUCAACGCAAGGAAGCUCCGAUUCGGAGCCCAGUCUCAAACUCGACGGCAGCACAAGAAGCAGACACCGCGCGUCCUUGAGCAUCUUGUGGCACAAAACUGUUUCCCGUAUGCCGACCUUCAGCAACAAAGAUGCCUGGAAAGGACAGGUUGCCAGGGCAGCUCAUGCCUCCUCAACAAGUCAGUCCGAUUCGCAGACCGACGAAGGCGAGCAGCAUCAGGCCGACAAUUCCGCAACUAUCAAGGACGAUGUCACAUUAUCCCAGAAGAAGAAAGGCUUGUUCAAACGCCGAAGCCUCGGAAACAUAUUUGGUACCGGCAGCCGGAAAACGCUCAAGAGAUGCAUCAAGUCCGAGGAGGCUCUCACUGUCUUGAUGGUUCGUGACGUAGAUACGUCACCCCGCGAAAGAAACCCGUCUGCCUCGCUCGUCGCUCCAGAGCUGCCGAAGGUGCGGGCAUCAGGAAACUUUGAAAAGGAGUGCGUGAUCAUCACCGGAGAGCCACCCACGGCGGAACCGCCGAUUUGCCCAGGAAAGCAUACGCCCCAGCUACUGGAAACACAGAAGGCAGUUGGUGAACCCCCCUUCCUUCAUCUUGGAGCUGCCCUCGAAGAUCGAGUUCCCAACGUGUCGCUAUCAGCAUUGGCUUUGGUCCAGCGACCCAGAUCCUUGGAUCCCAAGAAACUCCUGGCAGACGGUUCAGCAGCAGCAGAUGUGGAUUUCGUCACAUCGGCAUUGGACAAGAAAUAUGGCAAGAAGAAGCAGACGUCACAGCCGUCAUCUUCCACUGAUCAGCAUGUACACUUGGAGUCCAGAAAACCGCAACCAGUCGAGGCGAAAAGACUUCUUAAGCUGGCCAACGAAGCCAAGGCGGAGUUUGGGAACCUCGUUGCGACCAUCAAGGCGACUGAUCCACCCUCCGCUGUCAUCCAAGCUGAGAUGUCCAAUAGAAUUUUACCAGUGGUAAAUACCGAGGCGCCCAAUCCACCCUCUACUAUUUUCCAAGUCGAGAUGUCCAACAGAAUUAUACCCGUGGUGAAUACCGCGCUGAGCAGAUUUCCUACAGAGUCCGGCUCUCGAGAUGGCAUUGCCAGCACAGAGGCGACUGAUUCAAGAAAAAAGGAGGUAUCCGUUGGGAAUGCCACCCAUACUUCUUUGAAGAACCCUGAGUUUGAACGGUCAACGAGAGAGCACAUAUUGAGAUCGUACGCUGAGAAUUUUGGCAAGUAUGGACCUUUCUAUCAUACCGUAAAGACGUGGAGAUUAAUUAGCCUUGCCUCGCAAGAUGGCAUAGGCACUACGUCGCAUGGAACAGACGCUGAUACUCUACGCAGCCAAGACUGGGGGAGCGAGACUACUGUAGCUGGAUCAGAGAAAGACAACGUUCCAGACGCAAUACUCAUCCGAAAACAAUCCGACGACAGGCAACAUCAACAAUGUCUGACUUGGCCACGCAAUGUGAGCGAAGGCAAGGCUGAGACCAGGCAGAAAUACGGCGAAUGGCUGUCGAGGAGUGCUAUUCCAGUGACGGAUAAUUCGAUAAUCACUCGCGAGAUACAUAGAGAGACGAUGGACACAAGCCGGCUCACCGUGAUCCCGGAUAUAGCUCUAGAACUCGAGUCUACGAAGAAGAAUGGAUACAACAUUGUCUACCCACCGGAUUACGUUCCCAAACCUCGGAUCACCUCAAUAAAUGCUUUGGUCAUGGAUCCUCUUCUCAAUGCGGCAACCGAACGUCAUCAUGUUAUUUCCGAUGUCAAAGGCCGAACCGUUACUAGCAAUGACACCAGUAGCCUGCGAGUUGAUCUAGGUGGCACGGCGCCCUAAAGGAAGACAAAAAACAUGGCGUUCACCACACACUUUGAUAUUCCCUGUCUCGACUAUUCCUACAAUCACGCCCGGAAGUUGGCAUUCCCUGGACACCGGCCAGAGACAUCCGUCUAUUACGACGGGGCUAGCUGGGAC